AUGACAAGCAUCAAAAGGGCAAGACUUGCGAACUCGCCAAAAGAAAACAAGAAAGUACAAGUUGUACAACUGCCUCCCCAAAGCGACCACCUUCUCGUAUCCUCUACGAAAGGCAAACAAAAAACGAAACAAUCUACGAAACUUCUCUCAACCUGCUUCAAGAUAGUCGCUGGGUCCUACGAAAGACUGCUGUACGGCCUUGACGGAUCUGUCUCGCUUAAUGAGACAAAUGAUAGCUACAAGUUCGAGCUGCGACCAACCUUUCUAUUUCCUGCACACGUAUCGUGCAUCAAGGCCGUCGCUGCAUCUCCGAACGGCGGAAAAUGGCUUGCUACUGGGAGCGCGGAUGAAGUCAUAAAGGUCUGGGAUUUGCAUAGGAAAAAAGAGAUCGGCGGGCUCAUGCACCACGAAGGGUCCAUAACACAACUUCACUUCCCCUCCCGCUCGCAUCUUCUCUCAGCGUCUGAAGACGGUACAUUAUGCCUCUUCCGUGCACGCGACUGGGUCGUGCUUCGCGCCCUCAAAGGUCACAAAGGACGAGUUAACUCUAUGGCGGUCCAUCCAUCUAACAAAGUCGCGCUAAGUGUAGGCAACGAUAAUACAUUGCGCAUGUGGGAUCUUAUGCGGGGGAAGGGAUCUGCUAGCACAAAGCUGGGGAAGGAGGGGGAAGUCGUGCGGUGGUCAACGACGGGCUCGUCGUUCGUCGUGCAAUCUCACAACACGAUCGAUAUAUUCACAGUUGACAUGGUUCUUCGUCACACAAUCACGCAUCCAUCCCGAAUACAUACAGUUCGAUUUAGUAACCGAGUAAAUGGCUCCGGAGAAUUAUUACUUGUUGGCGCAGAAGAUAAAAAAUUGUCGAUUUACGACAUGCCAGAUGGCCCAGAAAAGAUGCCCGUCGUCAUUGCAGAAAUCAUCGGACAUUCCAAUCGCAUAAAAGCAGUCGAGAGCCUUCCUCUUGCACUACCCCGUUCAACGAAGGCAAAUGCACUCCUCUCGACCAUCAUCCUGUGCACCGUCUCAUCUGACGGUAAAAUUCACCUUUAUGACCUGGCUCUGCUGCCCGCCGAUCAAAAAGCUGGAAGUGAAGUACUGCAGAUAUCACCUGUGGCUGAGUACGAUACAAAAGGCACGCGGCUGACAUGCGUGACCAUCGCGGACGGCGAGGCUCUUGAGCAUGCCCAGAGUGUGAAUGGGAAGCGGAAGCGGGGAGAUGAAGACAGCGAACAGGAAGAUGAGGAUGAAGGAUGGGGAGGUCAUGAACGAGAAGCAGAGCACGAUGAAAGUGGGUGA